AUGGCGUAUGCGCUCUUGACAUCGUCGCGCAGGCUGCGGCAGUACUUUCAAGGACACCAAGUAAUCGUCAGGAUGGAUCAGGCAAUCCGGCAAGUACUCCAGAAACCCGACUUGGCGGGUAGAAUGAUGACUUGGGCUAUCGAACUCUCCCAGUAUGACUUACAGUAUGAACCCAGGCACGCGAUCAAGGCCCAAGUCAUGGCUGAUUUCCUGGUAGAAGUAACAGGAGACCCAGACGGGGCGUCAAACACAUGGUGGAAGCUCCACGUUGACGGAGCAUCCAACCAAAUGUUCGGAGGAGUAGGAAUCAUCCUGGAGAUCCCAGCCGGAGUUAUAUACGAGCAGUCAGUCAAAUUCGACUUCACGGUGUCAAACAACCAAGCAGAAUAUGAGGCCCUGCUGGGCGGCCUAGCUCUAGCAAGGGAAGUCGGAGCAACAAGACUAGAAGUGUGUAGUGACUCGCAGGUUGUUAUGUCUCAGACCAAUUGGACCUACCAAGCCAGAGACUCUCUGUUACAGAAGUACCUGGAGAAAGUCAAAGAAUUGAGCAAGCAGUUUGAGGAGGUCACGAUCCAACACAUUACGAGAGAAAGAAACACACGGGCAGACCUCCUGUCCAAGCUAGCAAGCACAAAGCCAGGGACUGGCAACCGAUUCUUCAUUCAAGGUUUGAUGAAAGAACCAGCAGUGGUGCUGCAGCUAACCCAGUCAGAGCCUUGUUGGAUGAACCCGAUCAUCGACUUCUUGGAAAAGGCCAGGCUCCCCAACGACGAGAAGACAGCCAAAGCAACAAGGCGGGAAGUGGCCAAGUAUGCAAUCAUACAGGGCCAGUUGUUUAAAAAGGGGCUUAGCCAGCCAUUGCUGAAAUGCCUACUCCCCGAUCAAACGGAGUAUGUUCUCCGGGAAGUCCACGAAGGAUGUUGUGGUCACCACAUCGGGGGGAAGGCUUUAGCCAGGAAGCUUAUCAGGGCCAGGUAUUAUUGGCCCUCCAUGAUGGCGGAUUCUAAAGAGUUUGUGAGAAGGUGCAAAAGAUGCCAGAAAAACUCUAACUUCCACAAAGCGCCGGCAACCGAGCUCAGUCUUCUCACGGCUUCCCGGCCUUUCUCAAAAUGGGGAGUUGAUCUAUUAGGACCCUUUCCGAUCGGACCGGGACAAGUCAAGUACCUGAUAGUGGCAAUUGAUUAUUACACAAAGUGGGUAGAAGCAGAGCCGUUCGCCAGCAUUUCCUUAGCCAAUUGUCAAAAGUUCAUGUGGAGGAACGUAAUAGCAAGAUUCGGGAUCCCGGAAGUCGUCAUCUCAGACAACGGGACCCAGUUCGCUGAUAAAAGGUUCGGAAAAUUCCUGGCCGGCUUGGGCAUAAAGCAAAAGUUCUCGUCAGUUGAGCAUCCCCAAACCAACGGACAGUCGACCACCGGAGAAAUACCUUUCCGACUCACCUAUGGGGUAGACGCAAUAAUACCCGUGGAAAUCGGCGAGCCGAGCCCGCGACUACUCUUGGGAGGAAUCGAGGAGGCCGUUGAAAAGGACUUGGUGGAUGAGGCCAGGGAGAUGGCCCACUUAUCAGAGACAGCGCUAAAGCAAAGAAUGGCCUUACGCUACAACGCCAAGGUACUCAAGAAAGAGUUCGAGCGAGACGACCUGGUCCUAAGGCGCAAUGAUAUCGAAGCCCCGACACCCAGGGAAGGAAAGCUGACGGCCAACUAA